UCUAAUCCAAUAGAAGCUACUAGAAGGACCUGGUAACAGGAGGUCUCACUUCAGCAUUCAUCAGUCGUCUUUCCCAAUUUCCACUUUGGAGCAUAUCCAAAGGAAGAUCCUGAGAUCAAGCCGCACUUCUUCUCUUGCAUUCUCUGCAAAUAUUUCAAGUCGUAACCAAAAAGUCUCGCAGUUCCUGUCGGUCAAAUGGACGCUGCCAAACUGAAUCAACUGAAGAAGUUCAUCGAGCAAUGCGAGUCCAAUCCGUCCAUUCUCGCCGAUCCCUCUCUCUCCUUCUUCCGCGACUAUCUGGAGAGUCUCGGUGCUAAGCUUCCCCCUGCUGCUUACACCUGUGGAGACUCCAAACCGAGAGUUAUGUGUGAGGAGAGUGAUGAGGACAUGGAGGACACUGAACGGGAGAAGGUGAAAGUGGAGGAAGAAGUAGAAGAUGAAAUUAUCGAAUCGGAUAUUGAACUCGAGGGGGAGAUUGUGGAGCGUGAUAAUGAUCCUCCGCAGAAGAUGGGAGAUCGCUCAGUGGAGGUCUCGGAUGAGAAUCGCGAGGCUUCUCAGUUGGCCAAAUCCCGAGCCAAUGAAGCCAUUGCUGAAGGAAAGUUGGAGGAAGCAAUUGAGCAUAUGACAGAGGCGAUUUUGCUGAAUCCGACAUCGGCAAUUAUGUAUGCUGCUAGAGCUAGUAUUUACAUCAAAAUGAAGAAGCCCAAUGCUGCUAUUCGAGAUGCCAAUGCAGCUUUAGAGAUUAACCCCGAUUCUGCUAAGGGCUACAAAUCUCGUGGGAUGGCAAGGGCAAUGCUUGGUAGGUGGGAAGAGGCGGCAAAGGAUCUACACCUGGCAUCAAAGCUAGACUAUGAUGAAGAAAUAAGCACUGUACUUAAGAAGGUCGAACCCAAUGUACACAAGAUUGAGGAACACCGCCGCAAGUAUGAAAGAUUGCGCAAAGAGAGAGAAGAGAGAAAGAUUGAGUGUGAAAGACAGCGUCGCCGUGCUGAAGCUCAGGCUGCAUAUGAGAAAGCUAAGAAGCAAGAGGACUCAUCUUCAAGUAGAAAACCUGGAGGCAUGCCUGGUGGCUUUCCAGGAGGCAUGCCUGGUAGCUUUCCAGGAGGCAUUCCUGGUGGCUUUCCUGGAGGUAUGCCUGGAGGUUUCCCUGGUAGCAUGCCAGGAGGGAUGCCUGGGAAUGUUGAUUUUAGCAAAAUAUUAAAUGACCCUGAAUUAAUGGCUGCAUUUAGUGAUCCGGAGGUUAUGGCGGCGCUUCAGGAUGUGAUGAAGAACCCCGCCAACCUUGCAAAACAUCAAGCAAAUCCCAAGGUGGCUCCUGUGAUUGCAAAGAUGAUGAACAAAUUUGGAGGAACAAGUAAAUAACUUUCCAGAUGCAUGUAGUGUGGAAUGGCCCGGGUAGUGUGCGUCACAGCUAAAACAAGUCAAAUCUUGCGUUUCUGCUUAUCUGGUUGCUUUGAUUAGCCACAGGCAUGAAUUGCGGUAAUGUUGAGGAUUCAUCUUCCUGGCUGAGAAGAUUUUCUCAUCAGAGUGGAAGUAAUUGAAAUUCCAACAAACACCGACUGAUGAUUGAAAUUUCAGUACUUGUGUGAAUUUUAAUAACAUUUCAGUUUUAUUAGCUUGACAUGUUCAAAUUUUUUUUUUUUAAAAAAGUUAAGAUUAUGCAUCUUGACCAGUUAUAGCGAAAGGGAGAAGAAUGUUUACCUAUUCCAAAAUGGUCAGCUAUAUAUAUUUGUUCUAUACGAAGAGAACAGAUGUGCCUUAUUUGGAACCAUGAAAUGCUAAUUAUGUUGGGUAAGAA